AGAGAGGGACAGACAAAGACAUUGCACAAAACACAUCGCUGUCUCGGCUUCUCUGCAUGCCCCUUUCUUCUUUUAGUUGUUUAUUUUCUUUUCUUUCUAAUUCAACCGUACCCAACACCUGCUCUUCUCUCUCUGUCCAAUUCUUUCCUACUCCUCCUCAAUGUACUCAGCGAUUCACUCUCUGCCGCUUGACGGUAGCGUUUGUGGCCACGCUGAGUUCCAAAGUCCGCUCGAUGGAACCAACUUGCCCGGUGAUGCCUGCCUGGUCUUGACUACAGAUCCCAAGCCCCGCCUCCGGUGGACUGCCGAUCUCCAUGAACGCUUCGUUGAUGCUGUAACUCAACUUGGUGGCCCUGACAAAGCAACACCUAAGACUAUCAUGAGAACAAUGGGAGUCAAAGGCCUCACGCUUUAUCACUUGAAGUCACAUCUUCAGAAAUUCCGCUUGGGGAAACAGUCAUGCAAGGAAUCAACAGAGAACUCUAAAGAUGUUGCAGCAUCUUGUGUUGCUGAAAGCCAGGACACUGGUUCAUCAACAACAUCAUCAACAAGAAUGGUAGCACAAGACCUGAAUGAUGGUUUCCAGGUCACUGAGGCUUUGAGAGUACAGAUGGAAGUCCAACGAAGACUACAUGAACAGUUGGAGGUUCAGCGUCGUCUCCAACUUCGAAUUGAAGCACAGGGCAAAUACCUACAGACAAUACUUGAGAAAGCUUGUAAAGCUCUGACUGAUCAGGCUGUGGUGUCUACUGGGUUAGAAGCUGCAAGGGAAGAACUGUCUGAACUAGCUAUCAAGGUUUCCAAUGAUUGUCAAGGUAUGGUUUCAUUGGAUACCAUAAAAGUGCCUUCCUCAUCUGAAGUUGCUGUGGCUUUGGAGAACAAAAGUGCUUUGAGUAUACCAGCUCAAAUCGGUGACUGCUCUGUUGAAAGCUGCUGGACUUCAAGUGGAAGCCCAGUUUUUCCAAUGGGUUUGACCUUUCAGGCUGCCGCUAUGAAGAAGAGAUCAAGACCGUUGUUUGGUAAUGGAUAUUCAUUGCCAUUGGAAGCCAAAAUGAGGCAAGAAUGGAUGAUGCCUGGUAUUGGAUGAAUACCAGAAAAUACACCAUUUCUGCCUAGAAAUGGAACCCUUUUUUGAUGUUUCCUUUUGUUCUUUUAUCUUCUAGUUAAUCUAAAUUUCUCAUCCUUUAAUCAACCGUCUGUAUAUUCCUGAAGCAGAUCUCUUUGAAUAAUAUUUUAUGACGUGGUAUUGCCUCAUUCAAAGUUAAUCUAGUUUUCCUUUUGGGGUUGGUGGAAA